AUUCCUCCUUAAAGAAGAGGAUAGGGAGAAGAAGAAAUGGAGGGCCAAGAUCAUCUUAUUAAAUCAAGGAUGGAGGGCCAAGAUCAGCUUAUUAAAUCAAGGGUUGUGAAAAUCGAUUCAGAGGAUUCAUGGGAUUUCUUCCAGAACCAAGCUAACAAUCAAGGUUGCCCAGUUGUGGUCCACUUUACAGCAUCAUGGUGUGCACCGUCGGUUGCCAUGAAUCCAAUUUUUGAAGAACUGGCCUUAAAUUAUCAGGAUAUCCUAUUUCUUGUGGUUGAUGUAGACGACGUGAAGGCAGUAGCAUCCAGAAUGGAAGUAAAGGCCAUGCCUACUUUUGUCCUGAUGAAGGAUGGGACCCAAGUAGAUAAGCUCGUUGGUGCUAAUCCAGAGGAGAUAAGGAAAAGGAUUGAUAGUUUCGCUCGGUCCAUUCGUUCAUACAAACAGACGUAGAUUGUGUACGUGUAUGUGCAUUUUCAGUGGGCAUGAACUCGGCUUGUUUUGUACCAACCAUGUAAAUUCUUAUGUUGCAGCAAGUGUGGUUUUUUACCUU